AUGGAUGACAUCCAUGAUUUUGAUACAAUAGAUGUGGAGCUGGAUGCGUACUUCAAAAAGAAACAAGCUUCCCGAUGCAAAGACGAAUUUCUCAAUAUUCUAUGUGAAGAAGACGAUUACGAGGCAGUAGAUGAUGCUCAAACUGAAAAUGAUGCUCAAACUGGAAACGAUACUCAAACUGGAAUCACUAAAGAAGAAUCAGAUGAAGAUUAUCUGGAAGGUAGUAACGAGGAAGGUAGUGAUGAGGAAUUUGAGUAUUCCACCCACAAUCCAAAGGUGAAAUGGAACAAAAUGAGACCAAUGCUUGGUGAAAGGUAUGAAUCCCCACAUGAACUGAAACUGUGUUUGACGAACUAUGCUGUUAGUAAGGGUUUUCAAAUCCGUUUCAAAAAAUGCGAUAGUGUUAGACUAGUGGCAAUAUGUGGAAGUGAUCCAGAGAAGUGUCCAUUUGUGGUUAGGGCUUCUUGGAUGACUACUGAAAGGUCUUUCCAAGUCAAAAAGAUGAUAGACAUUCAUAAAUGUGUUAGGAAUUUUAACAAUUCAAGGCUUAUGGAUCCUACCUGGUUAGCUAGGAAAUUUGUGAAGGAGUUGAUUAGGAAACCUAAUUUAAAAUGCAAAGAGAUGCAGGGACAGUGUAAGGGUGAAUUGUUAACUGCAAUAGGUAGGGAUGCCAAUAAUCAGGUGUAUCCUAUAGCUUGGGCAGUUGUUGAUGUAGAGAACAAGAACAACUGGAAAUGGUUCCUGGAUUUGGUUAAUGAUGAUCUUGGAUUGCAGGGUGGAAAGGGUGUGUGUGUAAUCAGUGACCAACACAAGGGUCUUGUUGAAGCUAGUAAGGAUAUUCUACCAUAUGUUGAGCACAGGCAAUGAACUAAAACAGGAUCUAGAGGUGGUGGAAGGGCUGGUGGAAGGGUUGGUGGAGGAAGGAGUAGAGGUGGUGGUAGGGGCUCUAGUGGAAGAGGCAAUAGAGGUGGUGCCAUUCCAAAUGUUGAGAGUGAAAAUGAUGCAAGUCCAGAUUUACAAGAAAUUAGCUUAACAAUUGACAACCUAAGGAAAUCUUUAUACACUACAGAAGAGAUCAUGGACUGUCUUGGACUCACUGAAGCAGAAGUACAACAAAUUGAAGAUGUGGAUGUUGCUAUGUCACAAGAUGUUGGAAUUGCUAGCCAAAUAACAGUUGAAGAACUCCCUACAAAUCAUGUACUUGGAGAUGAGGAAAGGAUGAAUGGGGAGGAUGGCAUAGAUGAGCCAGGGAUGGGUGAGGUAAUGACGAAUGAGGAAAGGAUGGAUGGAGAGAGAGAAAUACCUAGCACACAACAAUUGAAUCAAGUCAGAAAGAGGACUACAAAGAGGAGCAAAGUGAAUCAAGUCAGGAGGAGGAAGCCUUCGGAAAGGAUAACAAAGAUCCAGUUGCAAAAGGUGGUAGCUGUCAAGAAUGGAAAGGGGAUGAGUUCAUCCAACCCCCUUGGUCUAGAUUAG